AUUUCGUCGUAUAUGUUGUGAAGGAAAAAGGAAGGAGAGAGAGAGAGCGAGAGAGAGGGAUUUUCACUUCUGAUUCCUCCGGCGACCGCUUCGCCGGAAUGUCGGCGACGGACGAGUUCGUGGAAGCGGACAACGCGGAGGCGAUCAUCACCAGAAUCGAGCACAAGUCUCGCAAGAUCGAGAGCUUGCUCAAGCAGUGGAAGCCGGUGGAGGCUCUCAAGACCGCUCUCGAAGGAUCGCCUCCCAACACGCGGGACGAGCGAUGCAAGUCGGCGAACUGGAUAGUGGUGCACAGAGCGAUAAUGGCGAUAAAGGAUCUGGAUGCUCUGUUCUCUUCUUUGGAUCCUGAGUACUACGACAUCCUCAUGAACUUUGAGUAGAGAUGUUUAAUGAAGAUCAAGUUUCAUGGCUAGAAAAAGCAAACUGUCUUUUCAGUUUCCUGGGUUUACCUGUGUCACCUGGGUUGGCACAUCUAGGAUUUGUGAAGACUUACUUUAUUUCUGUAACAAUUUAGUUUGAUAUUCUUCAUUUUACUUCUGGUAAUUUUCAAACCUACAAAUAUUUGGCUGAGAAUACUCCAUUUAACAAAGAUCUUGGCAGUAUUCCCAUUGUGAAAUUUGACCAUAACUUUGCUAAGAAAUAGCCAACCACUUAUUGACUCUGGUUUAGGAAGUCGGUGUAUUACUUUUGCUUAUAAAGAAUAGGUUGCGCCAGUAUGUACUAUUAAUUGUAUGCUUUGGCUGAUCAUAGCCUAUACUUUAAGGCCUUGUUAAAUAGUUUAUGUUGUUGUAAUGUGAAUUCACUCAUAUAUGCUACUUGUGACUGUUUAAUUUCUGUGUUGAUACACCAUUUUUUGAAGGAACAAAAUGUGUUAACUAUGCAAGUUGGUCAGUUAGAGUGUAUUUAGGGGGAUUCCUAUUCCCAAAGAAAAGCCCUUAUAGAGGUUAUGCUUAGACUAAAUUUGAAUUUCUUUAUUGCUACGACGUGAUUUCUAUUAGGCAUUCAAGUUGUCUCUGCCUAAGGAUCAGUACUAAUGCUUUAUUUGGGAAGGAGGGGAGAGAAGGAAAAUUGGGGGUGGUGUGGAAAAUGGGGUAAAGUUUAAAACUUUAGUGAGAAGAGGAUGGAAAUUUAAAUUUUCUUUCCAUUUUUCUUCCCCUCUUCACCUUCUAAAUGAAGCACAAUAGUACUAGGCAGGAAGAAUAAAGCAGGGCAGCUAAGGUUGUCAAUUUGGAAUGGAAGGUAACAUAUGCUCAAUGAUAUUUGCUCCUGUCCAGGGUCUUACGUGUUUAUGCUUGGAGUAGUUGUAGAUUUAGGGUAGCAGAAGCAACUCCUGAUAUAGAUUGUCUCAAAACUAUGA